GCUUCUCAUCACACUGAAUCAUCGUGGGCUCAAGUAAUCGGGAAUGUACUUCUUACGGAAGAUACAAAUAAAGCAUACAAGAACGGGUCCGAUAAGACCAUAGAGAUAUCCGACGACGACGACGAGACUGUGGAAGAAUCUUUGGAGAAUGGUCCAGAUUAUGACCCCUCAGAUGACGACCCUUCAGAUCUAGAAUCAACGGAUGAUGAUCUAGCGCAGAUGGGCGAGGCGAGAUCAGCCUUCACGGACACGGACAUGCGGAUGGUUGCGAAAUGGGUAGCUUCACACCCUGACUGGGAGGAGAUGUCCUACAAGGAAAAAUGGGAGGAUCUAAGUCAGAGAGUGCGUCAUAAUUCUCUGCGUCGGAAACUGUGAUGCAAGUCGGUAACAUGGAGCUUAACUCUCAGUACCCUCAAAGAUCCGACAAGGCCUGGAACAAUUAUUUUACCAGAAGGAAAAAAGACAUCCUGAAGCAUGUCAAAAGAUAUCAAAGACGAUCUGAGAAACGCUCUGCUCAAAAUCGGAAUGGUCCAAUCAAACGGCGAUUCUCUCCUGAAUAUUUCUCAGCUCACGACGCCAAGAGGUUGAAAACUGAUUGCAAUACUGACGCAUGAUGAGGUCGCUUGACAGAAUGUCUUUUUGGAUUUGUUGACAGUAUGAUCCUGGAUCGCGGGAUGGGGUAUGGAGACCCUUUCGGAUAUAAUCUCACCUGUCGAUAUAUUGAUAUACCGAUAUCAACUCCCAAUGUAUGACAAUUUAGAGAUGAACAAC